GCUAUUAGAGACGCACUUGUGGACACCGACGUUUAUACUGACGACUGUCUUUUUGUGCACUCUUAUUUACAUUCCAGGGGUUAUGCUGCAGGUUUUGCUAGCGGGUUUCAAGGCGUCUCUCUUCCAUAACAUUGCCAUUACAAUAAAGCACUGGCUAGCGCAGCGGCAGGCUGAACAUGAUAGAAGAAGAAAAGUAACAGGGCUCAUCUUUGGAGAGCCCCGUCUUCGUCUUCUUCCAGGGCCUGUAUAUCAUUUCGUAGAUAGAAGAAUACUUGCCUUCUUAAGAGACAAAUUCAAUCCCCUUAGACACCCUGAGGUGUCUGCGCAGCUACCACCCCCACGUCGCUUCAGAGUUAAUGAAGAUUUUGUCGCCUAUGGGAGCGAGAAAAAAGACAAAGACGCAGCCCCACAGGAUAAAGACGGAGGAGGCUCUCAUGGCAGGGGAGGAGGCGCAGGGGACGACGUUUCGAUUGAUUCGAAUUCGUCUGGUGUCUCCUUUGAAGGAGACAAACACCGCGAUCAUGUUAAGCUGGUGAAAGUGUCUCAUUUAAUUAAUCGUUUUUCUCUCAAGUUCAAAGACAUGCAGUUGGAGGCCGACUAUCAAAUCCAUCAAAAGAAAUCCUUUGUUAAACGCCUUGUCCCCUGGUACCGGGUGAUUUUUGUAUUUUUGGGGCUUUACCGCAUCGUUGCCUUUUUGGCUGAGUAUUUUAUUGAUGCCUAUUGGGGGACAGAGAAGCAUGUGACACCAUGGAUGUGCAUCCCCACAGUCAUAGUGGUGUUGGGUUUGUUAGGCGCGACUUUGUCGACAUUUGGACAUUUCUUCAUGGAUAGAUUUUCAUUCGUUCUUAGCGCUGUCGUCUUCUUAAUGCUCGCAGAGCAUGUUACCUUGUACUCCGCUGCCAGGAUGGACGGCAUAUUGAGUUCGGUGUUAUUUCCGGUGUUUACUUUCGUCAUUUUGCGCAUUUCUUUUCUUCAAGCCGUCAUGUGGAAUGUCUUGUUUGUCUCUGCUUUUACUAUUAGGUAA